AUGACCAGCGCCUGGCUCUCGUUCCCUCUCGCUGCACGGCUCAUUUCUGCUCCUGCGAGGCCUCUGGCAGGAAAACACGCCGAGUCCUCCAGCUCCGACACAGGAAGAAAAGAACAGAAGAAGAAGAAAGUGUGGGAAGAACAGCUGGAGCCGCCGAUCCACCAGAGACUCUCUGCUGUGUUUGCUCUCACUCUGAGGAGGCUGAUAGCAUCUCUGCGUUUACUCUGA